CUCCGUACGGAUUUUGUGUGUGCGAGCGAAUUCUUCUGCUCGAACGGAUUCCAUAAUGCGUGCUCUUCGGUUCGCUCCAACGCGCUUUGCUUUUGAUUGAUGUCGCAUUGUUGCUAUACUCACCAUCAUCAUCAUUGGUGUUGUUGGAUUUGUUGUUGUUGUUGUUAUUAUUGUGGCGGAAAAUAUACCAUUUAUAACAUAUGUAAUGUUGUAUAGCAGCAUGUAGCUAUAUAUUGUCUAGCUCGCGCUCAGUCUACUGUGUAUCCGAUUCAGCUUCUCUUUUCGUGUUUUUUUUUUCUGCUUUAUUCAAGUCUUUUUUUUUUUUUUUGCUAUUUCUGGCAAGCCCGUUUUAUACACAUUGCCAUCGCCAUCUCUCCUAUGUAUGUGAGUCGUCGUCUAUUCUGCCGCGGCAAGCAAUGGCAAGUAGCUUUUUAGCAUAGACAGCUAAAAGUUCAGUGUGUGACAUUUACGUAGAACAUCUCUCAAAAUGGCGUCGUCGUCGUAUUCGUUUUCGCCGUUGUUGAUCCUUAAGCGCAUCCGCAUCAACUCAAAAGGCAUACCAUAAAAAUAAACUCACUGAACAAAAAAAUUAAAUCAAACAAAAAAUCAAAAUCAAAGCUUAAAAUCAAAAUUUGCAUACCAACUCAAAAAAAAAAAAAAAAAUACUCACACAACGACUUCUAUAUAGUGAACAUCUUAUGAUAUCGUAAUAAUUGUUAAAUUAAAUAAUAAUUAAAACAAAAAGAUCUAAAUAAAUGGAUGUGCUAUGAUUGCAACGUUUUUCAUACUAGUUGCAAUUUUACGCUCCUUCCGUUGGGGAAAUCGGUCAUCAUCGGAGAAUCCUGAAAAGAACGAAACCAGCUCCACUCCAACCACCGAUCAGCCCAAUGAUUCCGAUGGACAAUCAAUUACAACGAUAGUUCAUGCGGCCGACUCUGGACCCGAGACAAGUCGAAGAUUGAAGGAUUUCGGUGAUACCAAAAUCACCUAUCGACGACUCUCUCGGCCAAGAUUUAGCCUUCAAGUGAAUUCACCUUCAACAACGAGAAGAUACAACGAUCGCACCUAUUCAAUUGGGACACUGGUACGAACGACAAGACAUGGCGGCGAUGGUGACACGAGUGACAGCGGUGAAUUACACCAACAACAAAUAGAUCUUAAUCAACAAAUCGAGAAUAGAAAUGAGGACGGUGAAGCUGUUGCAUCUUCGUCUUCACACAAGUCACCCGAGAAUCGAGACGGUAACUGUCAGAAUGACAGUCAAUUAGACGCUGAUGACGACGAUGAUGAAGACAACCGUCGAGACGCCGAGGAAUUCUACAAUAGCAUCCAAGAUUGUGCCGCCUCUUCGCUAAGUAAUAUAUCCGGUCAGCCGCCAUCAGCCACCCGCCGCAAACGUUCGUCGCUCUUUUCACGUAGUGAUUCAUCGGCAACAACAACUUCAUCGACUAGUGGCAGUGGCACCUAUACAGGUGGCAAGAGACGCUCGACGGCUUCUAUAAUCUCGUCAUCGAUGUGCUCGGAUGUCAUUCCUAUUGAUCGGCGAAGCUCAACGGAACAUAGUCGGGCCAGCAACACACGUCGGUCGAGCGGAAGAAUACGUAGAUAUAUUUCACGAAUGACGAUAGCAGGAGCUCGUAGACGUACCACUGGCAGCUUUGAUGUAGAAAAUGGCCAAGGCGCUAGAUCCCCGCUUGAAGGCGGCUCACCAAGCGCUGGAUUGGUUUUACAAAACCUCCCUCAACGUCGCGAAUCCUUUCUUUAUCGAUCGGAUUCAGACUUUGAAAUGUCCCCAAAGUCCAUGUCAAGAAAUUCUAGCAUAGCAAGCGAAAGGUUUAAAGAGCAGGAGGCAUCCAAUCUAAUUGAGAGAUCCCAUGGAGAAGAUCUUAUUGUGACACCAUUUGCCCAAAUUUUAGCCAGUUUGCGUUCAGUGCGGAACAACCUUUUAAGUCUGACAAAUGUCCAAGCGACAAACAAAUCCAGGCGGCCUACACCUCCUUCAAAUGCCAAUCGAGUGCAAUUAGUCCAAGGAGAUGAAACAUAUAAUCGCUUGGCCACCGAUACUAUUGAAGAGCUCGAUUGGUGUCUGGACCAGUUGGAUACAAUUCAAACUCAUAGAAGUGUGUCGGAUAUGGCAUCGCUUAAGUUCAAACGUAUGCUGAACAAAGAGCUGUCGCACUUUAGUGAGUCGAGUAGAUCGGGAAAUCAAAUAUCGGAAUAUAUUUGUUCGACAUUUUUGGACAAACAACAAGAAUUUGAUUUGCCAUCGUUGCGUGUGGAAGAAAACACAGAUCAACAUGUGGUACCGUAUCCUCGCGCCCGUUCGCCACGUGGCCCGCCAAUGUCUCAAAUAUCAGGUGUUAAAAGACCCUUAUCGCACACAAACUCAUUUACUGGUGAGCGGUUGCCAACGUUUGGAGUCGAAACACCUCACGAAAAUGCACUGGGCACGCAUCUGGGUGAUCUAGACACUUGGGGUAUUGAUAUAUUUAGAAUCGGUGAUUUGAGUGUCCAUAGGCCGCUUACCUGUGUCGCUUAUACAAUAUUUCAGAGUAGAGAAUUACUGACCAGUCUUAUGAUACCACCGAAAACUUUUCUCAAUUUCAUGACUACUUUGGAGGACCAUUACGUUAAAGACAAUCCAUUUCAUAAUUCAUUACAUGCAGCUGAUGUUACCCAAAGUACAAAUGUGCUGCUAAAUACUCCGGCCCUGGAGGGUGUAUUUACGCCAUUAGAAAUUGGCGGCGCCCUCUUUGCGGCAUGCAUUCAUGAUGUGGAUCAUCCGGGCCUAACAAAUCAAUUUUUAGUUAAUUCAAGUUCUGAACUAGCGUUAAUGUACAAUGACGAAUCUGUUUUGGAAAAUCAUCAUUUAGCGGUUGCCUUUAAACUACUGCAAAAUACAGGCUGCGAUAUAUUUUGUAAUAUGCAAAAGAAACAACGUCAAACAUUAAGAAAAAUGGUUAUUGACAUUGUCUUAUCAACGGAUAUGUCUAAACAUAUGAGUCUUUUGGCUGACCUUAAGACAAUGGUUGAAACUAAAAAAGUAGCCGGUUCAGGUGUUCUACUCCUGGACAACUACACUGACCGUAUUCAGGUCUUGGAAAAUCUGGUGCAUUGCGCCGAUUUAAGCAAUCCGACAAAACCGCUUGGACUCUACAAACGCUGGGUGGAGCUAUUAAUGGAAGAAUUCUUUUUGCAAGGUGACAAAGAACGAGAAAAUGGAAUGGACAUAAGUCCAAUGUGCGAUCGACAUAAUGCUACAAUAGAAAAAUCACAAGUCGGAUUUAUUGAUUAUAUUGUUCAUCCAUUGUGGGAGACAUGGGCUGAUUUGGUUCAUCCAGACGCACAGGAUAUCUUAGAUACUCUUGAAGAGAACAGAGACUAUUAUCAAAGUGCAAUUCCGCCAUCGCCACCACCUUCACUUGAUGAAGGUGACGAUAAAAUUCGUUUUCAAGUAACUCUAGAAGAAUCUGAUCAAGAAAAUUUAGCCGAACUUGAAGAAGGUGAUGAAAGUGAAGGCGGAAUUGAAAUAAAACCGUCGGGGAGUCAAAAUCAAUCCCAACACAUUGGAAUGUGACGGAGAGUCGCAGGACUUUGUAAAAAAAUUACUGAAAAGGCGCAAAAUUUUUUACUUAUACGUUAGUAUGUCACUUUUUAUUGUGUAAAAAAAAAUAUCUAUAAACAAAAAAAAAACUUCAACAAAAAAAUAAACCAAAAAAAAAAAAUCAAAACAACAAAAAAAAGUAUAAACAAAAAAGAAUAGCGCAAAACCCACAAAUAUAUAUAAAAUAAUAAAAUGAUACUAGACAACAUUUAACAAAAAAAAAAAAAAACAUAAUAGAUAUACAAAAAUCCUUAAACUGACAAAUAUGUCGUCGAAA